AUGACCCCAACCGCUAAACAGUGGAAGAAGGCAACAGUGGUAGCGGAGGUUGGGAAGCGAUCAUAUGAGAUAAGAACAGAAGACGGAGGCAGCUACCGCAGAAACAGGAGGCACCUACGUAAAACAAACGAGGAAGCCCCAGACAUGACCGCCGUGGAGGAAGAAAACAACCCUCCAUGUCCAGCACCGACAACACCAGCAGCUGAGACAACAGUGCCAGUGGAACACGCAGCUGCACACGGACAGCCGAUGACAACGAGGUCCGGCCGAGUUGUGCAACCACCAGCACACCUGAAGGAUUACGUGCGCGCCUGA